CCCCACCAUGGCCGCGUCCACCCUGUCCGUCUGCUCCAGCGACCGGAGCUACGGCAGCCGCGUCUGCCUGCCCGGCUCCUGUGACUCCUGCCCCGACUCCUGGCAGGUGGACGACUGCCCAGAGAGCUGCUGCGAGCCCCCCUGCUGUGCCCCCCCCCCCUGCCUGACCCUCAUCUGCACCCCUGCGAGCUGCGGGUCCAGCCCCUGCCCGUCAGCCUGCACCAGCUCCUGCCAGCGCUCCCCCUGCCAGGAAGACUGCUGUGUGUCUGUCUGCUGCAAGCCCGUCUGCUGCACCCCUGUCUGCUGCACCCCUGUCUGCUGCAAGCCCGUCUGCUGCACCCCUGUCUGCUGCCAGGCUUCCCCCUGCUCAGCCUCCUCAUGCUGCCAGCAGUCUAGCUGCCAGCCCUCCUGCUGCAGCUCCUCCCCCUGCCAGGAAGACUGCUGCAAGCCCGUCUGCUGCACCCCUGUCUGCUGCACCCCUGUCUGCUCUGGGCCCUCCCCCUGCUCGGCCUCCUCCUGCUGCCAGCCCAGCCCCUGCUCCUCGUCCUGCUGCAGACCGUCCUCCUGCGUGUCCCUGCUCUGCCGCCCCGUGUGCAGACCCGCCUGCUGCGUGCCUGCCUCCUCCUGCUGUGCCCCUGCCUCCUCCUGCCAGCCCAGCUGCUGCCGCCGGGCCUCCUGCGUGUCCCUGCUCUGCCGCCCCGCGUGCUCCCGCCAGGCCUGCUGCGUGCCUGCCUCGGCCCAGAAGUCCUGCUGCUGACCAGCUUGAACUUCUGCCUCCGGCGCUGCUGUCUUUGCUCCUGGGCACAAAUGUC